GCGCUUUCAGAAGUGAAUUUGAGUUAGCAGUUUUCAGUUUCCUGCAUGUGCUCACAGCCAUUCAACAAAUAUAGUCCUGUUUCCUCAAAUGUUUUCAUCUAGAUUGUUGACAGUUGGGGCUUUCAAGUCUUCUUCCUGUGCUGAGCUCAUAGGUGGGAGGACUAUACAUGUACACAAUGCAUAACUGCAGAGCUUCACAGUUUAGUAGCCUACAGGACACAGUCCUCCUCACAUGCUUCAACACUAGGAUGAUAUGCUAGAGCAGGUAAAGUGGAUCAUGAGGACCAGCUGGUAUUUGAUUUGGAUAUUCAUUCUCACACUGAUGAUCAGCAUUGCCCGUCAGGAGGUGAUGUACAUAAAGGGGUCAGAGGGGCAGUCAGUGGAUCUCUCCUGUACACCUGAGCAGACAGGUGGAGCCCCUGUCAGUCUCUACCUGACCCACAGGUGUGUCCGGCCUGAGAGGGAGGUGCUGUUCAUGGCCAAGGACCGGAGUCCCGGGACGAUGAGGGUUAACUGGAAGUACAAAGAUCGUCUGAAGGUCACAGGCGGAUUGAACUCUGACCUGCUCAACGUGACCAUAGCCCGUCUACAGCGCACAGACACAGGCCUGUACAUCUGUGAGUUUGUCUACACAGCGGACCCCUCUGGCCGAACAGUCUCCGGCAGUCUGGAAUUCUUCCUGUUUGUUGAAGGGACAGAGAGCGUGUGUCAGUGCUCCAGCUACCCCCCACUGAUCUACGCCAUCUCUGCAGCAGCUGGCCUGCUUCUCCUCGUCCUCAUCUGGCUGUGUGCAGCAGAGUGUGCUAAGCUGAGAAAACGUCAUAAAACACAAGCCCCCAUCCCCCUCUAUGAGGAAAUGAACAGUGGGUGUCGAGGAGCUGGAAGUUCCCAAAAUAACCAUCCUGUGCCUACACACCUGGAGGAAACAGAGUCCCCGGUGUACACCAACCCCCAGGCCAGACAAGCACAGGAGAACCACUACGCCAGCCCCCGAAAGAUCACUCUGAAGCCCUGAGCGAACCACGCUGAGGGUGCGUGUCAUGCCCCCCUAAUGUUUUUUAAAAGGGGAGUGGACACUGAUGGCAAAAAUAAGAGUAGCAGAGUUUCAGAUGUAGAUAUAAAUGUUCUAACCCACUCUGACAGGUGGUGGGAAAGAGUUUGACUCUACCGGAUCUGAUGUCAUUGCUUUUUCAAGUGUGUGCAAGAUCAUAAACUAUUGGUCCCACCUCACCUCUCUUUUCUAGUGUCAAAGAGUCACCCAACUAUGGUUGCUCAACAAACCCACCUACAGGAUGAGAAUGGAAAAGACUUACAGAGCUAGUACAUAGGUCACCGUGCCUGUGUAGUACAUAGGAAACCGUGCCUGUAUAGUACAUAGGUCGCCGUGUCUGUAUAGGUGUACUAGUGGUGAUGCCCUUAUGGCACAGCUGCCCUCAGAACAGGAUCUAAUAGAGAAAACUCCAAUCUGCAAACUAAUUGACAAACACCAACAUCAAGAACUGACCACAACACCCUUUAACAGACCAGAAAAAACUGCAACUUUAUUAAUAGUUUGAAAGAAGCUCCAUAGUUCAUGAAAACAUUGUUUUCGGUGCAUGUCAUUUAACAAUCACAUUCUAUGAGGAGAAAGAGAUACAGAGAAAAUAAAUCAUUACAAGCCACUGACUUUUCUUUAAAUCUCAGUAGACAUUUUUCCUUAAUAUUUCAAAAAUAAAAAGGCAAAAAGCAGCCCUAACCCCAAAUCCCCGUCCCACCCAUCAUCCCAACAAAAACAAAAUAAUUGAAUGACACGACAGAACAUACAGAUAGCCUUGGGGGUGACGGGCACAGUGCUAAAGAGUAAGACGCUCAUUGGUUUAGGAAUACACAGUAUAGCAAUGUAGCGCGAGGUCAAUCUGAAAACACAGUAUAGCAAUGUAGCGCGAGGUCAAUCUGAAUACACAGUAUAGCCAUGUAGCGCGAGGUCAAUCUGAAAAUACAGCAUGGCCAUGUAGCGCGAUGUCAAUCUGAAUUAAGGAAGCCGGAUGUUGGGGUCUUGGGGUGGGGGGGGUAGGCCUACCCAACCAAAUAAAAACAGUGGAUCCCAAAACCCCUGCAUAAAAUGUGCCUUGUACCAAUCAAAGUCCCCCCCCCCCCCCCAACGUGUGCAUAGAUCAUGAUCCUUUACAACCAGCUAGUUUUAAAAACAUCCUCCAAAUAAAUGCGACGUCAGUUUUUUCCCCUGUUCUUUAAUACCCGCCAUAAGAGAGAAUGACAGAGGAAAGACAGAGUAAUGCACAAUGGUCCUUAUUCAGUCAGGACAGGACAUCUAAGAAAAUACAAUCAAAAUCAAAUGAUAAUUUUGUUUUUAAAUGUAAAGCAAUUUUAAUAAAAUGUAUAUAAAGCACUCCAUUUUUUAAAAGUUCAUUUAAAGUCCAUUAUUUGGUUAAUAUGUACAGUGCCUUCAUAAAGUAUUCACACCCCUUGACUUUUCCCACAUUUUGUUGUUACUUAGUGGGAUUACAAUGGAUUUAACUGUAAUUUUUUUGGCAAUGAUCUACACAUAAUUCUCUAAUCUCAGUGUACGAAAAAUUCUAAUAUUUGUACAAAAAUCAUGAAAAAUAAAACAUGAAUAUAUCUUGAUUAGAUAAGUAUUCAACCCCCUGAGUAAAUACAUGCUAGAAUCACAUUUGAGUCUGAGUAAGUCUCUUUCCACACCUGGAUUGUGCAACAGUUGUCCAUUAUUCUUUUCAGAAUCCUUCAAGCUCUGUCAAAUUGUUUGUUGAUCAAUGUUAGACAACCAUUUUUAGGUCUUGCCAUUCAAGCAGAUUUAAGUCAAAACUAACUCGGCCACUCUGGAACAUUCACGGUACGCAAUUCCAGCGUAGAUUUGGCCUUGUGUUUUAGGUUAUUGUCCUGCUGAAAGGUGAAUUCGUCUCUCCCAGUGUCUAGUCUAGUGGAAAGCAGACUGAACAAGGUUUUCCUGUAGGAUUUUAACGAUUACAAGCAUACCCAUAACAAGAUGCAGCCAUCACUGCUUGAAAAUAUGGAGGGUGGUACUCUCAAACAUAACACUUUGUAUUCAGGACAAAAAGUUUAUUGCUUUGCCACAUUUUUUGAAGAAUUACUUUAGUGCCUUGUGGCAAACAGGAUACAUGUUUCAGAAUAUUUGUAUUCUGUACAGGCUUCCUUAUUUUCACCCUGUCAAUGAGGUUAGUAUUGUGAACUAACUACAAUGUUAGUGAUCCAUCCUCAGUUUUCUCCUGUCACAGCCAUUAUACGCUGUAACUGUUAAUGUCUCCAUCGGCCUCAUGGUGAAAUCCCUGAGCAGUUUCCUUCCUCUCCGGCAACUGAGUUAGGAAGGACGCCUGUAUCUCUGUAUUGACUGGGUGCAUUGAUACACCAUCCAAAGUGUAAUUAAUAACCACCAUGCUCAAAGGGAUAUUCAAUGCCUGUUUUUUGUGUGUUUUUUUUACCCAUCUACCAAUUCCUUUGCGAGGAAUUGGAAAACCUCCCUGGUCUUUAUGGUCGAAUCUGUUUGAAAUUCACUGCUGACUAAAGAUAAUUGUAUGUAUGGGGUACAAAGAUGAGGUAGUCAUUCAAAAAUCAUGUUAAACACUAUUACUGCACACAGAGUCCAUGCAACUUGUGUGACUUAAGCACAUUUUUUACUCCUGAACAUAUUUAGGCUUGCCAUAACAAAGGGGUUGAAUACUUAUUGACUCAAGACAUUUCAGCUUUUAAUAUUUUAUUAAAUUUGUCAAAUUUAGAAAAUCAUAAUUCCACUUUGACAUUAUGGGGUAUUGUGUGUAGGCCAGUGACCCAAAAAAAUCUAAAUUUAAUACAUUUUAAAUUCAGGCUGUAACAACAAAAUUUGGUAAAAGUCAAGGGGUGUGAAUAGUUUCUGAAGGCACUGUAAACUGCUACGGAUUUAAAAACAAAGGAUAUUUUCUCUCUUUCUGAAAUCUCUCUUUCUGAAGUUUUUCAGUGCUUUUUUUCUUUUCUUUCCAUACAUUAAAAUGGAGUGGAGUUGGAACCCUGGCCUUCCUGAGACAAGAUCCACUUUGUGUGCAAGAUAGUGAGCAAUUAUGUAUUUUUUUUUCUUUUUACAAAGGAAAAAUGUAAUCAAUAAAAAUGCACAGGCUUUAGAUAGUCCAUGAAAUCAACAUAGAACAAAUAUGUCAAAUGUCAAAUAUAACAUGACAACACUGUUGGAUCCCAGAGUUCUGAAAGUAGCACAAUAUUAAAAUCUUCAUUCUGUAAA